UUUGUUUGUUUCUCGGCUAAGAAACACACAGAGGCAUCACACGCCAUGCAGCACUACGGCGUGAACGGGUAUUCCCUCCACGCCAUGAACUCGCUGAGCGCCAUGUACAACCUCCAUCAGCAGGCGGCUCAACAGGCCCAGCACGCACCCGACUACCGGCCGUCGGUACACGCGCUCACGCUCGCUGAGAGGCUGGCUGACAUUAUACUCGAGGCUCGUUACGGCUCUCAGCAUCGUAAGCAGCGGCGGAGUCGCACGGCCUUCACCGCGCAGCAGCUCGAGGCUCUGGAGAAAACCUUUCAGAAAACACACUACCCGGACGUGGUGAUGCGUGAACGUCUGGCCAUGUGCACCAACCUACCCGAGGCCCGAGUCCAGGUGUGGUUCAAGAACCGGCGGGCGAAGUUUCGUAAGAAGCAGCGCAGCCUGCAGAAGGAGCAGCUCCAGAAGCAGAAGGACGCCUCACCUGAAGGAACGUUAGGAGCAAGCGAGAAGAACGACACUCCCUCCACUGUAAACCUGGAGAACCCGCUUCCUCCUUCGUCCACGUCCUCUUCCUCUUCCGUCGAGGCCGAGGGGCCGUCGGAGCUGAGCGUGGAGCUAAACGUCACCUCCGCGGAGCAGUCAGGGAGCGAGUCGGCCACAGAGGACAACACAACCGACAGGGAAGAAGAGUUAAAGCUUCACCAGGACGACAUGAAGGUGGACAAAUCCGGGAGGCUUUCUCCUCCCUGUAAACGUCUCAGCCCCAAACCAGAUUCUCCCCUCGGCUCGCCGGCGAUCACAUCCGGGGCUAACGGCAUGACUGGAGGCAUCUCUCAGAGCCAUUCGUAUUCGUCGUCACCGCUGAGCCUCUUCCGCCUGCAGGAGCAGUUCCGCCAGCACAUGGCGGCUACUAACAGCUUGGUGCACUAUCCGUCGUUCGACAUGGCCGCCCCGUCCUCCUUGCCCUACCUGGGCAUGAACGUGAGUGUCCCGGCGCCGCUGGGUUCGCUGCCCUGCCAGUCGUAUUACCAGUCCCUGUCCCAGCACGCGCAGCAGGUCUGGAGCGGUCCUCUGCUGCAGGCCUCCGCCGCGCUGCCCGGCCACAACAGCAAGACGAGCAGCAUCGAGAACCUGCGGCUACGCGCCAAGCAACACGCCGCCUCGCUCGGCCUCGACACCAUGCCCAACUAAACACUAACUGCGACAAAACAGGACACGCUCGGCUGAACGAAAAUGAAAACCCCUAGCUGCCACCUGGACCCGCAAAGACGAUUCACAAAAUCUAUGUAAAGAAAUUUGGUGUAAUUUCUGAGCAACUUUUUUUUUUUCUCCCCCUUUCA